AUGGCGGGUUGUGGAAGUAAAAUAGGAGAGGAUGAUGAAGUUCCUGGUCGUGUGAAGGAAACCUUUUGUCAACCAUGUUUAUGUAAGAAAAAGGAAACUGUAGCUGACAAGUUUUGUUCAAUUUGUAAUGAAUUUCAAUGUAAUGAAUGUUCAAAUAUACACAACGUUUUCGCCAUCUUGAAUAAUCAUAAAUUGGUGAGUGUGAAAGAAGCUAAUAGUACUAAUACCUUGUUUGAAAUGAAGACCUUAGAUCUGUGUGAUUUACAUCAAAUAGUUUUUGAAUUCUUCUGUGAGGAUGAAAAAAAGCUCUGCUGCAGUACCUGUGCUAUUAUUAAUCAUCGAACAUGCCAUAGCGUUGUAGAAAUUGAAAAGAUCGCGGGGAAAAUAACGUCAUCAGUUUCUGGCUUAGGGGAGAAAUUAAAGGAAGCUAGAGAAGAUGCUGAUGGUAUUGCAAGAUAUAUUUGCUCUUCAAAAGACCAUCUUGCUCAAGAUAUAAAAGAAAUACAAGAUGAGGUUAGACAAAUGCGAGACGAAGUAAUGAGAAUGUUUGACGAUUUAGAAGAUUUCGUCGUCAAGAGAGCUGAAACUCUUCAGAGAGAAACAUUAGAAAAUUUGUCGAAGAAACAAGCACUUAACGAGAAACAUUUGGUUGAUGUAACAUCUUGCUUAGAGACGAUUGAAAGUAUUUUCAGAAGUGGAACUCAAGUGCAGAAAUAUAUAGCAGAACAUAAAAUGGAGAGUAAAAUCAAUGCUCUAUGCAGAAACAUCAAGGAGGAAUGUCAGAGUUUAGAGAAGGUGAACAUUUCUUUUCAUUUUGACGAAAAAUUAAAACUGCCACCAUUACCAGUAACCGAAUAUGUUCCUGGACAAUUACUAUUAAGGUCUUAUCACCAGGAAGAUGAUAAUUAUGUUAACAUGGCGAUGAAGUUAACACCAGUUUCUACUAUUGGUUUGAAAAAGACGAGAUAUGAUAUCAAUGAACCGUUAUAUUCUGGUGUAGAUUUUCUACCUGAUGGUAGGCUGGUGGCUGUGGAUAACAAAAACAAGAAAUGUUUAGUGUACAAUGAGAAGCUUGAGAAAGUAGGAUCAUAUCAGCUAUAUUACCACCCAUUAUCUGUUGUUGUAGUAUCUGAGGAGGAAGUAGCGAUAACAAAUGGUGGUGGAUACAAUAUAGAAUUUCUACAUGUUAGUAAAUGCAAUGAAAUAACUUCAAGAAGGACAUGUAAAGUGAAAACGAAAUAUGACACUAUAUGUUUAAAAGAUGAUAGACAGUUUGUAGUAGGAACUUAUGGUGAACCAAAACCUGUUCGUAUUGUAUCAUUGACUGGAGAGGAGCAUGAUCUUAGUUUCAACUUUCCAAACAAGACAUAUCCUAUAGGCAAAAGCUCAAGUACUUACAUAAAGAGCAGUGACAAAGUGGUGAUAACUGAUAGAGACGAGAAUACUGUCUACCUAUUUGAUUUCAAAACAAAGAGAGUCGUAGUGACGGAUGACCAGAUACAGGAUCCAUGUUGUGCAGCAGUUGGUCCCUCUGAUUCUAUCCUUGUAUGUUGUUUUAAAACAAACACCAUGGUACAGAUGUCCCAAACAGGAAAGAUCUUAUCAUCGUACAAGUUAGAUAUGACAUAUCCGUAUAGAGUAUGUGUCUCAAGUGAUAAAAAAUUUAUUGUUGUUACAAAUGCUUGUCCUGGAAAUAGGAAAUUGCAGAAAUUCAAAAUAUCAUGA